GAUAGUUUCACAAUAUGAUAAUAGACUCAUUGUCAGAUAUAUAAGUAGAGAGGGGCAGCAGCACAUCAGUUACCAACGUUGGUGAAACCCUCGACUGUCGGCUUCAGAGCAGCUUUUCAACGCCUACAAGAAAGCAAGAUGAAGUUGGCCGGGGUAUUCCUGGUGCUGUCCAUGGUUGUGCUAAUGGCUGAACCUGGAGAAGCAUUUUUCAGACAUUUUGUGCGACGUAUUGUGGGACAUUGUACUAUCUGGGGAAAGAAGAAGGAAGCGGAACAAGCCGACCAGCAAAAACUGGACCAGCAAAAAGUGGACCAGCAGAAACUGGACCAGCAAGAACUGGACCAGCAGAAACUGGACCAGCAAAAAGUGGACCAGCAGAAACUGGACCAGCAAGAACUGGACCAGCAGAAACUGGACCAGCAAAAAGUGGACCAGCAGAAACUGGACCAGCAAGAACUGGACCAGCAGAAACUGGACCAGCAAGAACUGGACCAGCAGGAACUGGACCAGCAAGAACUGGACCAGCAGGAACUGGACCAGCAGGAACUGGACCAGCAGCAGAUGGACCAGCAGCAGAUGGACCAGCAGGACAAAGACCAGCUGCAAAUUCAAAAACGUUCAUUUCAGCAACACAAGGCUUUGCAGCGUCAUUAGGCAACGACCCAAAUAUAAUUUGGGUCAAAUUGCCCGACCUGUUUACAAAAUAAACAUGCAUUUUGCUUUUCCUGAAGGAUUUUUGCUGAAUUGAUUUUGAUACAGUCAAUUGAUAAAUAAAAAAUGGCUUGGCAGCAGAAUAAACUGA